CGAAUGUGCGGAGGCGAAUAACGAAGGCUUGCCUUUAGAGUUGCAGACGGAAACAGUGGAGGCAACGAGAUCUGUGGCACAGAGGGUCAGUACCUCUGUCUGCAGCUCAAAGAGAAAUACCAUGAGAUCGUGAGUAGCAGUGACAGAAAUGGAACACGAUACAAAAUGCACAAUUACUUACAUCUGUCUACUCAAAUUGUUCCUGGUAAUUUGUCAGUAAAGACGAACUAAAGCAAUGGCCAACACCUCAGCUGAGUCAAAGGGCAUCACGCCCAUCCAGCGGAUGUUAGCUUCUUGCUCUGGGGCUUUGCUCACCUCACUUUUAGUUACUCCAUUGGAUGUGGUCAAAAUAAGACUCCAGGCACAGAAAAGUCCAUUUUAUAAAGGAAAAUGUUUUGUAUACUGCAAUGGACUUAUGGAUCAUUUGUGCAUCUGUGACAAUGGCAAUAGCAAGAUGUGGUAUAGAGCCACGGGACAAUUCAGGGGAACACUGGAUGCCUUUGUAAAAAUUGUUCGUAAUGAAGGACUGAAAUCUUUGUGGAGUGGUCUUCCACCAACUCUUGUAAUGGCCGUUCCUGCCACUGUUGUGUACUUUACUUGCUAUGAUGAGCUUUGUGGGUUUUUGAAACACAAAAUGGAGAACCAUCCUGACAAAGUACCUCUUUUAGCUGGGGCAGUAGCAAGAGUGGGAUCUGCUUCAGUGAUCAGUCCUUUGGAAUUAGUUAGGACAAAAAUGCAGUCGCAGAAACUUUCUUAUAAAGAGCUACAAAUUUGUAUUCAGUCGGCAGUGGCUUCAGAUGGCUUGUUGUCCCUUUGGAGAGGCUUGAGUGCCACAUUACUGAGGGAUGUGCCCUUCUCAGCAAUGUACUGGUAUAACUAUGAACUGGGCAAGAAGUGGCUGUGUGAGAAGAAUGGCUUGAGAGAGCCCACAUUCAUGAUCACGUUUACAUUGGGAGCAGUUUCAGGCUCUAUAGCUGCCAUCCUUACUUUGCCAUUUGAUGUGGUGAAAACUCAAAGGCAGAUUGAACUGGGGGAGUUGGAAGCUCGGAAUAUUAACCCAAGAAAGUUGUCGUCAACAUUUGGUAUAAUGAAAAGGAUUAUAGCUGAAAAUGGCAUAUCAGGAAUCUUUGCCGGAUUCUUGCCACGCCUGAUCAAAGUCGCCCCUGCUUGCGCCAUUAUGAUAAGCACUUACGAAUUUGGGAAGUCUUUUUUCCAUAACUACAACAGUGAAAAAAAACUUGGAGAACUUCACUAGUCCUUGAAGACUAACGUCCUGCCAUACUUUGAUCGUAGUAAAUAAAAGGAAAAUACCACUUACAGUAUUGUGAUGAUGCUGUUGUUUAAAAGAAAAUAAACUGUGAACCUAAAUUAUAUUUUUAAAAUUGUUUUAUUUUUGUUAUGUAAAAACAUUUAAUUGAGUCUAUAUGUAAGCAGAGUAAUUAUGUAAAUAUAAGUCUGACAGUCGCAGAUCAUUGCCAAAUGUUUUUAUUAAAUACUACAUAAAAUGAAAUCUUAAAAUAUUUUACUGCAUGUAUAUACUGCUUCAAAAUUGUAUUUACUUAAAUUUUAG